CUCUGAGCAGCGUGACCCGGAUGUAAACACGUUAUGAGCUUCCGGGUCAAAGGUUGUUUUUCCGGUAGACAGAGCGGCAACAAACAAACAUUAGAGGAGAGAACCCGGGAAAGUACCGCAAAAACACACCUGCCAGGUUUCCUCGGAUAUAGAGUGAAGAUGUUGAGGAGGAAACCGACUCGACUGGAGCUGAAGAUCGACGACACCGAGGAGUUCGAAAGCGUCAAGAAGGAGCUCGAGGCCAGGAAGCGUCAGCGAGAGGAGGCGGAGUCAGGAGGCGGAGUGGGCGGGGCUUCUGUCAUCAGUGUUGACAACAUCGGGGGCGGGGCCUCAGCCUCAGCGUCGUCCUCCGCAGCGUCGAGGGCAGAGCUUAUCAACGAGCGAAUCGGCUACAAGCCCCACCCCAAACCAGCCACGCUGCCGACCUUGUUUGGAAGUUUACAGUUUUAAUAAAAAAUAAAUGACGAUGUUUCACCGUUUGAAUCUUUCUGUACGAACUCCACGUACGACUAACGUGAACGCAGAAUCCAUUAACAGUUCCAAUAAAGUUGAUUCAAACACAA